UCAUCACAGUGUUGCUGCACCUCCACGGAAGUAGCCACUAAAUAACUGAACUGUUGUGCUCAUGGAAAAAAGAGCGAUUGUAAGUGGGUAUCCCUCUGAAGUUUAGCAAUACACAUCCCCAGCUUGAUAGGGAGGUUAUGACACAUUGUCCAUCUGUGUCCCAAAGUGACAGGAGCCAUGAAGCUUCGGCUGCACUUUGUGAUGGACCCCAUGGGCUGGUUCUGCACCAGUAUGGUUUUCGCCAUCUGGCUCUACAACUCCUUCUUCGUCCCCAAGUUGGUGCUACUGCCCCAUUUCUAUGAGGGGAAUAUCCCUUGGGCCUUGGUUGUCAGUUACUACUUUGUAUCAGCCCUCUGUAUGGGUGCACUUUUUAGAGCUUCUACAGCCGAUCCUGGCCGACUCCCACCCGACCCCCAAAUCCCUCACUCAGAGCGAGAGCAGUGGGAAAUGUGUACCAAGUGCAACACGAGGAGACCAAAAAGGUCCCACCACUGCAGUCGUUGUGGCCAUUGUGUACGUAGAAUGGACCACCACUGUCCAUGGAUCAAUAAUUGUGUAGGGGAGGACAACCACUGGCUCUUCUUGCAACUCUGUUUUUACACACAGGUCCUCAGUUUGUUCACCCUGGCUCUAGACUUCUGCCAGUUCUAUUAUUUCCAGCCCUUGACCACAUUGGACCAGGAGGCAUUCAUGGCACGUCAUGAGCUCGCCCUGAUACGCGUGUCUGCGAUCAUGGGUCUGGUGAUGAUGGGAGGCAUGAGCAGCCUCUUCUAUACUCAGAUGGCUGGCAUCCUGACAGACACCACCACCAUUGAGAAAAUGUCUCACUUCUCAAAUGAAAUAGUCGGGUCUGGUGGUGGGUCAAAGAAAUCCUGGCAGCGGACUCUGGCCGAGGUGUUUGGCACUACCUGGAAAAUCCUGUGGUUCAUCCCGUUGAGGAGCAGGCAACCACUGACCUUUCCCCACCACUUCCGCAGUCACGUGUAGAUAAGUGGAGCUCUGUCCCACUUCAGUCCAGACGGCAGGCUGCCAUCUCCGACAGAGAAUACUCUAUGCACACUCAGCGCCCCCCCACCUGCCUUCGCCUCCCUGUUUUGUGCCACCUAAGCUGAUUAGUAGUAUUGGUUGGCCAGUGGAUACCUUUUCGUCUUUUCCUAUAGGAAUCACAUUGAAAGUGCUUGAACUGAGUCACAAACUCCUCGACAGUCGAAAGACAUUUGACCAAGUGCAACCUAAUGCCCUCCCUUGUACUUAGAAGUUGAUAUCAAGUGGUGGACAUAUUGGUUUGUGGAUUGCUAUAAGAAAGAGUAGUUUCAUGAUUGAGCUGCAUUCCAUAAUGAUAUUGUAAAAGAGUUCCUUUGCUUGACUUUUUUAUCCAUAUUUUUUAAAGAAUGUGUUAUGAUGCUCCUACCAAAAAGAAGUGCCACUAGUAACACCUGAUUUGAACAAUGUUAUAAUGCCUAGUACAGAAGGCAAACUUAAAGUUGCCAUGAAACGCAUUAUGUGUCGCAUCUUUGAUAGUUGCUCCAUAAACCUUUUUAUGAAGGGUUUGAAGGAGAAUUUACUCACCUGGCUCAAUAAAGUUAUAAUAUGGUUCUACUAUUAAUAUAUUAUGCACUGAAACACAAGUUUUAGUGUACCACAGAUCAGGGUUGCAACUUCCACUGGGGACGGGGGGGGCAUACCACCCCCGACACAUUCUGAAGUUGCAUUUCCCCCCCCAUUUUAUAAUUGGAAUAUGAUACAAAACGAGGGAACGGUGGGUUUUAGGACCGUGCGAUGCCUCCGGGCGGUCGGGUUGGUUGUUUGGAGUGUUUAUCAGACUUGAUUAAAAAAAUAUAUAUAAUAAUAAUAAUGUCCCCCCCACUUCUAAAACCCAACGUUGUGCCCAUGCCACAGAUAUAUGGUAGAGACCGGCAAUGAAGGAGACCGUUGCUUGCAACAUGACUGUCUGUCAUGCAUCAUUUUGCCAUAAACUAGCAUGACGCCUAAUAAUAUCUAUAAUGUCAGCCUUAUGACUGUGUUAUGCAGGCCUUAUGACUGUUACGCAGGCCUUAUGACUGUGUUAUGCAGGCCUUAUGACAGGGUUCAAGUAAAGCGUUACCCAAAUAUCUUACUGUCAAAGUUGGUAGUUGACUUUCUUAGCCGUUGCAACUCAGUUGCACUGUUUGUUUCUGUAGUUCAGUUGGUAGAGCAUGACACUUGCAAUGCCAGGAUAGUGAGUACAAUUCCCAGGACACCUGUACGUAAAAUGUAUGCACACAUAGUACCUUUGGAUUAGGUGUCUGCUAAAUGGUGUAUAUUUUAUUUAUUAUAUAGUACAAAUAAAUAGAAAAGUACAAAUGUGUGCACUAUUCACAUACUGUACCUUACAAAAUCGGUUGAUAGAGAGCUAAUUACGUAUCGAGCUACAGGGCUUUAACAACCAACCAUGACGUAUUUUGCAUCAACAGUGGUGACCGUGUCUUUAUCUCCCACUUUCAUUACCAUCAAUUAGACAGACAUCACAGUCUUUGUUCAUCCAUUUAAAAAAUGUUUUUGCUUGUUGCUUUUUCAAACCUCCACACUGCCUAAGGCCAAAUGAUUUAACCUUACCAAUGACCACAGACUAAGACUAAAAAUGUCACAACGUCACAAUGAACCGUAUCAACAUUAAUUUCAGGGUAUAGCAAAUAGUUGUAUUUCUGUUUAUUUGCUGUUGUACACUUGGUUGUAACAUUGUUCAUAAAUCCUCCUCCUACUACUACUAAAUAUGCACUGAUAUACUGUACCUCUGUGCAUUUCUUUGUACACAUUCCACUUUAUUUUUCUACUCAAGUUUUAUUUUGUUAUUAUGUACAUGUUUUAAUGAUGUUGAGUCGAUUACUUUUGAUCAUUUAAAGGUAUGAUACUAACUUUGACUUUUCUGAACCUAGUGUGACUUAAUUAACCCAGUCUUGAGAACCCAGCAAAAAUGUGAUUUAAAUGUAUCUGCAUGUACAGCCCUUAUGUUAUCAGGGCUACAAGUAGAACGCAAAACAAUUUGACAUAAAUAGUUGCAUUCAUGAGUUUUAUUGACAAUUGUCAAAAACCAACAAAAAAAAGUCAGCCAAAGCAAAAAGCUGUUAAAAAUGAAUUCAUAUGAACGCUGUUAAGUGCAGAAAUGGUUUGCUCACUGGGAAAUUAAUAUCCAACUCGUCAGUGACAACUCUUUGGAGUUUGAUAGCAACUAUGAGCUUGUUACAGUAGUAUAGACACUAUGUCCUGGUAUUUCCUAUGAUCUUCUAUGUAGAAGAACCCCUUAGCUUCUAACGACUUGUGUAGCAUGUGGGCAACACAGAGCAAAAUAUUUUACACGUGCAUGUUCGUAAAAGUUUCGGCUUUUCAUAGGCAGCUUUCAAUAGUUUUUAUAGCUCAAAUCAUUUGUACUCAUUUUUGCAAAAAGAACCGGUCCGUGCCCCCUCCGGUAUCCGCCCUUGUCUCACAACACAGCUCUAGUCAGCCCCUGUUAAUCACACAGACUAAUGGGAUCUACGGAUGCGGAAGAAAUAGAUUAAACCAGUGGUGAACCCCAGAAGUCUGUAGCUCAAACACACUAUGUUUAAAAGGGUCUAGUAGUCCAAAACGCCCCGGCAUUACGGUGGGACUCAUUAGGUUAACGGAGUCUCAGAACACUGUUUAUGUUAGUAUCUUAUUGUUUUCAUGUUAAUUGUGAGUACAGCUGCAGUCAAUUGUCUGUCAUAUUUGUAGUUUCCUUGAUUGUUCUUAAAUGGUAGUGGACACUGAAUACUUUAUUUUUUAUAACAAUAUUGUCUUUAAUUUUAAUUUCCUGGUUGGUAUUGUGUUGAUUUGUAUGAUUUGUAUACUUUUGCAUACUUUCUUCAUCAUAUAGGAUGCAUCAUAUAUAGUAUAAGGGGAAUGUUAAUGUUGCAUUAAUACAAAGUACAUGUUUUUUGUUUACA